UACUAAAAUUUAAGGAUGUUAGGAUAUUACGAUACCACUUCUUCUCGUUUCCAUCGACGGCGCAAAACGUCAAACCAACGCACGGCCCGGCAAAGAACGGACGGACCCGAUCCAUUCCUCCCGCUUAAAGUCUGCCCAUCUCCCCACCGUCCGAUCCCCCAAAAAACCCAAACGCACCCUCUCUCUCUCUCCUUUCUUUAUCAUCAUCAACAAUCAGCGACACAAAUUUCCCAGAUUUCCCCUGUGUCUCUCACUCUGUCUCCGUUAACAAUUUCCACACGCAGAGAUAAUAAUCCCAGGGACGAGAAGCACCCACGGAGGAGUAGAGUAGAGGCAUAGAGAGAGAGAGAGAGAGAUGUCUCGCAGCUGUUCUCACUGCGGAAACAACGGCCACAACUCCCGCACCUGCCACGGCGACACCGCCGAUACGACUGUCAAUUCCGGCGACGGAGGGGGUGGCACGGCGGGGGAGGGCGGGAUUAUGCUGUUCGGGGUUCGAGUCACGGCGGGGAGGAACUCGUUCAGGAAGAGCGUGAGCAUGAACAACCUGUCGCAGUACGAUCAGGGGAAUCAGGACCCCUUCGUCGCCGACGCCGUGGCGUCCGGGUACGAGUCCGACGACGUCGUUCACGCCUCCGGACGCAGCCGCGAGCGCAAACGAGGGGUGCCGUGGACCGAGGAGGAACACAGGUUGUUUCUGGUGGGGCUGCAGAAAGUCGGGAAAGGCGAUUGGAGAGGGAUUUCCAGGAAUUUCGUCAAGACCCGGACGCCGACGCAGGUGGCCAGUCACGCUCAGAAGUACUUCCUCCGCAAGAACAAUCACAAUCGCCGGCGACGCCGCUCCAGUCUCUUCGACAUCACUACCGACAACACUUUCGCCGGCAAUUCUAUGAUGGAAGUGGAAGACCAGCAGAAAUCGCCGAAUCAAGAAACGGCGGCGGUAGCGGUGGUUCCGAUGAAGACCAGCAACCAGCUGCAGCUGGGGAAGCUUCCACCAGUUCAUAAUUUCCCGGUGGCUAUACCAAUCACCGGGGACGGGUCAUUCGAGAGGCUGACGCUAGGACCGCCGACGAGUACAGCGAAACCCAGCAGGCUGGUUCGACCAAUCCCAAUUCCGCCGUCUUCCAAGGUGGCGGCCGAUCUCAAUUGGAACCAGAAGAUGAUGAGCAGUAGUAACCGUUCCGGCGGUCGUCAUCAGGAGACGUUUUUGCCUCUAUCGCUCAGGCUCUCCACUAGUCCUUCCUCCGACGAGCAGUCAUCGUCAUCGGCGGCGGGAGGGGGAACGAGGUCCUCUGCUUUUCAGGGCAUGUCGAGUGGGGACAGCAUCAUAAGCGUUGCGUGAGAGAAUUAGGAACAGCAAACAACAACAACAGUCAACAUAUUAGUGGCUCUCUCUCUCUCUCUCUCUCUCUCUCUCUUUCUCCGCAGAAUAUUUUCUAUUGAUUAAUGUUGAUUGAGAUGUGACAAAAAGGGAAAUUUGGGGGGGACUGAUUUGCAACUUUUUGUUAGAUAUGGGCUUAUGGGUGUGAAAGAUUUUAGGAAUUGGGAUUUUUAGUGAUGAUGAUAAAUUAAGAUAUCAUAAUAUUAUUAGGAGGAGAAGGAUGAUUGAUUCUUGGUUUGUAGUUUGUACAGGGGAAUUGAGGGAUAAUGGUAUAUGGCGGGAAUGGGAAUAUGGGAGGGGUGAUGAAAUAUCGUUUUUAUUGAAAUGAUUAUUGGCAUUAAGAUCUAAGAUCUAUUAGUUGUUAUCAUAAUAUCGUAAUGUGCUUUUGUUUAUUUACGUGGACUGAAUUGUUGUUCAUUUUUUGUUCUUUGCCGUGACUGUAAAAUGGAACCGGAGAUUUGAUUGGAC